UUGAAAAAAAAAAGCAGUGUGGCUCUCCCGGUAAUGAUGCGAAGAAGAUAAGUUUGAGUGAAAAUUCGGGAAAAUCUUUACAAAAAGUGCGUGAAAAGGUGUAAAAUCGAAGAAAGAGUAAUUGUAGUGGUCAUCGGUUUCCGAAAGAUGGUUUUGGUAAAACCUGAAACCGAUGAAGAGGAGGACGAACUUCCUGUGCAGACAAAUUCAGUGAAGACAGAAACAAAAUUAAGGGAGGCAUCGCUGUUCUAUAUUGGCCGAAGGAAUAAAAGAAACUUCUACCAUUGUCACCGAAAUUGUAUUCACAACAGUAGAGAAUCCAUUCUGUGCACCUGUAACUUCCAUUUGAGUGCACCUGAAAUCCCAACGAUACAUCAGGAAGUAUCUGGGAAUUUGCUGUGUACCGAUGAAUGCCUUUCAUGGCGAGAGCAACAUCAACAGCACUGUCGUCUUCGUCAGCGUGACCAUGAUUCUCUUACUUGUAUCUGUGGCCAGGAUAUUUCAUUAGAUUCCAAAGUCUUCAGCCCAACAUUAUUUGGGAGAACUCUGGGUAGGAGUACUGAGAAGAAAUUUGAAGUUUUGAAGGAGAAUAACCUUCCAAUUAUUGCUAUUUCGGACACCGGUGAGGACGAAGAGAAUUUGUGUAAAUCACCAAAUUUGUCUGGAAAGUGUCUCAAGAGAAAAGAUAUUGUAGUAGAUAUACAAUUGAAUAAUAGGGACAUUGUUGUUUCGCCACCCAAAAGGGCUAAGGUUCAAAGGAAAAGUCCCAAAAUAUUGAGUCAAGUGACACUGAGAAAGCGUCCAAAUCGUGAGAAUCAGGAGAAUCGGAGUGUAAUAAAGAGUGAUCAGUAUCAUGCAAAAUUUGAUGAUAUUGAAGUGAUUAAAACAGUGCCCGGGAAGCGCACACGAGCAAAGAGAGAAGUUCUGCAGGAAUUUGACAACACUUGGUCAGACGACAUGUCAAUAUCCGAUUACAAGACCCAAUUGGAUUACAAGAGGCAACUCCGGACGGAUGCCAUUGCCGAAGUGGCCGGUGGCUAUGUCAAGACGUCCACGAGUGAUGAUAUGCCCAGCACAAAUCCACCAAAUCACUUCCUCCACACCAAUUCCUCCUCCAUGGCCACAUUGAGCAACAUCGGGAAUAGUUGCUAUCUUAAUUCCGUCAUCUACACUCUGAGAUUUGCGCCACUUUUCCUGCACAACCUCCAUCAUCUGGUCAGUGAUUUGAAUCAAUUGAAUCAACGACUUGGAUAUCGUUACAAAAGUUCAUCAUUGGGGCGCAAUAUUGGUGGUCUUCAGGGAGCUAGUGGGAGGAGUCUGAGCAGCAAGGAUUUGGCAUCGCUCAGCAUAAAUUCCAGUUUAUCCGAAGUCUCCAAGUCCAACAGACAGAUUGUUACAGAGAAACUCCAUGAAUUAUUUCACAAUCUCCAUCGCAAUGAAUUAAUAGACGCUGACCCCUUCCAUCCAGUGCACUUUCUCAAUGCAAUUCAAGAUGUGAGUUCGACAUUUGAAGGGAAUCAGCAGCAAGAUGCGCACGAGCUUCUUAUGUGUAUUCUAGACAGUAUUCGAGAAACAUGUCAGUCAUUAACGAAAAUAAUAUCGGACUGUCCGGACAUUGUACUGAAUGGUUGUGGAAGUGUACCGGAGCAAAUUGAAACGACACCACCACAAUCAACAACGAUUAAUUCAACGCAAUCGUUUAAGGCACUACUCAAUAAUUUUACGAGAAAAUCGAAACGAAAAGAUGAUAAAUCUAAAUUAAUUAAACCACCCGAAUCACCAUCGAGGGAUAAUUUGAUAAAUGAUGCCCUAGAUUCGGCAAAUGCCAAGAACAAAGGUAAAAUUCCCGAAGAGGACAGUCAGGAGCAGAAGGAGAAAUUGGAUGAGAAAAUUAAGAUGAUGGGAUUGGAUUUUUUCUGUGAAGAUUUUGAGGGUAUCACCGUAUCCACGACCAAAUGUUUAACGUGUGAAACGGAAACGGAGCAAAAAGAAACCAUGAUUGAUAUUUCCGUUCCAAUAUCUGGACAGGAGACAAUGGAAACUAUGGAAAAUCCACAGCUUUUCUUUCAGAACUCAUGUAUCACCAAAGAGUAUUUUCGGGGUGAAAAUAAGUAUCGAUGCGAAAAGUGUUUUGGCUAUACGGAAGCAAUACGAUCGAUAUCCUUUGAGGUAUUGCCACGUUUACUGGUGAUACAGCUAAAGAGAUUUUCCGGUGGAAUGGAGAAGAUCAAUAGUUAUAUCCCAACCCCAUUCACACUACAGUGCUUCUGCCGAAAGUGCUAUGCACUGCCGGAAAGCAAGAAGAUUCAUGUCUACAAACUGUAUAGUGUGAUAACUCAUGUUGGUGCUACACUCUCGGCUGGUCACUACAUCACCUACACUUGUUCCCUGGAUGCCUAUAGUGAGUAUGUGAAUUGUGACAAGGAGAAGAGACGAUUGAUGCAGAGUCAGCAAGAGCAACAGCAGCAGCAGGCGAAUGCAGCUGCGACAGAGAGGAAUAAUGGUGGACUGAGUAGCCUGGAGAAGAUUGGUCUCAAGAAGAGAUCGUGGUUGAGGAAGAGUGAUAAUAGGAGCAAAGCGUCCAGUAGCAGUGAUUUGACUAAAAACCUCAAGACCAUGAAUGGGAAUAGUAUUGUGGCUACGGUGAAUUCGACGGCAAAUGGAGGAACAUCUGAUGGUGGUUCUAGUACGUGUCAGGCACUCAAUUGCUGUGGAAUCCAUGCAAAGGGAAAUCUUUUGGUGAACAGCAAUGGGAACAAUAACUACGACAAUGGGCUGGAAUUUAGUAGUAAUACGGCAAUUGGGGAGCAUCAAGCAAGUGGUGGAGGUAGUGCAUCUGCUCUUGAGUCUGUCUCUGAAGUCAGCAUAAAUGGGAUGGUGAGACCAUUGGGUGGCAGUUUGGGGAACAGUGUGAAUUUUCAAGAGCCUAUUUGGUUCAUGUGUGAUGAUGAUAAAAUUAAAUCAAUGCCCCAGCAAGAAUUCAAAGAACUCUUGUCACCAAAUCGAAAAGUCAUGAUUACACCCUAUCUUCUUUUCUAUGCACGAAACGAUAUUAAAUAGUGAGGUAGAGAAAGAGGGAGAGCGAAUAAAUGAGGCACAGGUGGCCAAAAAAAAAACACAGUCGAUAAAAUUACUUCAAAAAGGUCUUAGAGAAAUGAAAAAAAAAUUCUACUGUAAAUAGAUUCUAAUUGUGAUCUUGAAAGGUAAAGUUGAAGGGAUAAAAAGGAAAAUUGAUAAUGAAAUACUUAAAAAGAUUAGAAGAUGGGUGUGCUUCAAAAAAAAAAAAUGUUUUAGUAAUUUAAAGUGAAUUAAGAAAAAGGAAAGAAAAAAAAAUGUUGUAAAAUAAAAUAAAAUAAAUAUAAUUUUUUUUCAUUAACGGCUGAGAAAAAUGCGUUAGUAACGUGCGCAUUUUCGCGAAUAUUUUUUUCUGUUUCUUCUUUUUGCAGAUUGGACCAACAGAAAACUUUAACAAUAUUUACUUAUAUUGAUUGAAAGAUUUUCAAGCAUGAAAAUGAAAAUACUGAGUGACGAGAUAGAAGAAGAAAUUUUGAGACAUUACACUGCAGUAUAAUACACCGCUUCGAUUAGAUUAAUAGAAAAAAAAGAGAAAGAAAAAUAAUAUUAAAAAAAUAGUGUUAGAACAUCUACGAACUAAUUUUUAUAUAAUCUUUAGAGCAAGAAAAGAAAUAAAAGGAGUAUAUUGAAGAAGAAAAAAAAAGAAAUGUCAUAACAUGUAAGAAUUUAAAAUGAUAAAAAAACCCCAGCUAAAAAUUGGUUAAGACAAUUAAAAGAAAAAAUAAAGAAAAAUACAACAGUAAAUUUCUCUCUUCCAGUCUCUGAACAUCUAUGAUUUUUGUUGAAUUUGAAAAUUUUACAUCAUAAAGCAAAAUAUAUAUAUAUAUACAUAUAUAUUUUAAAAGAAAACAAGGCAUAUAACUCUAUUUAAUGGAAAUAAAAGUGAAAAGAUAAACGACUAAAAGAUAAUAAUUCAAUAUUGAAAAGAAAAAGAAUUAAAAAAAAAACAUGAAAAGAAAUAUUAUGAUGAAGGAAAUAAUGUGUCUAUGUUAUUUAGAUGAUGAGACAUAAUUUACUUAUAAAACAUUUUUAAAGAAAAAAAAAAAAACGAAGCAGAAAAAUUAUUAAGCGUAUAUUAUUGUAAAAUAAAUAUCAUAUCAUGUAUAUUUUUUGAAAAAAAAAAGAAAAAUUAAUAUUAUUGUCUCUUAAAUGGAGAAUCAUUAAAUUCAUCCCAAACGAAUUUAAUUAUUCGCCGCAAUUGAUGAAAAAAAAGUGUAAAUUCUUUCAAAGGUAUAGCGACUGUUUAGUUGAUGAGAAGAAGAAUCAAUAUUAUUUUCCAAAAUAAAAACUAAUAAUUCUCAAAAUUUUA